AUGAGCAAAGUAACUGAAGCUAAUGGCAUAGACUCCAGGGAAUACAAGGAGCAGAACAUAACAGUUGACGCCAAUGGCAAAGUAAACUCUUAUGAAGUCGUUGAAGGGAAGGUUGACUGGAGGGGAAGGCCUGCAUUAAGAGGGCGUCAUGGCGGUGUUGCCAAUUCUUUCUUCAUUCUUGUGAACUUUGGACUCGAGAACAUGGCCUCCUUGUCCCUAGCCGUGAACCUGAUCAUCUACUUCAUGACGGUCAUGCACAUUGGCCUGACUGAUGGCUCCAACCUGCUGACCAACUACAUGGGAACGAGCUACAUGGUCGCAGUGCUCAUCUCCGUCUUCGCGGACACUUUCAUUGGCCGGUACAAGACUGUGAUCAUAUCAUCAGUCAUCGAGCUCGUGGGUCUGCUGAUUCUUACACUGCAAGCUCGCUCCAAGAAGCUGACGCCACCGUCUUGCAAAUUCCCCUUCGACCCCGCGUGCCGGACGGUGAGCGGGGACGGUAAGGCGCACCUCUACGUCGGGCUGUACCUCGUCGCGAUCGGGUCGGCGGGCAUCAAGGCGGCGCUGCCGGCGCACUGCGCCGACCAGUUCGACGAGAAGCACCCCACGGAGAAGCUGCAGAUGUCCAGCUUCUUCAACUGGCUGCUGCUGAGCCUCUGCACCGGCGGGGCCAUCAGCGUCACGGUGUUCGUGUGGAUCCAGAACAGCAUAGGCUGGGACAAGGGGUUCGGUGCCGCGACCGGGGUGAUGGGGCUCGCCCUCUUCGUCUUCGUCGCCGGCCUGCCGCGGUACCGCAUCUCCGUCGUGCAGGGCAGAAGCGCUCUUCUUGAAAUCUUCCAGGUGUACGUCGCUGCCAUCAGGAACAGGGCUGUGAAGCUCCCUGAGAACCCAGACGAGCUGUACGAGAUCAGCAAGAGCAAAGCCCCCCCUGACACGGAGUUCAUGGCUCAUAGGAGCAAACCAUUCAGGUUCCUUGACAAGGCGGCCAUAGUUCAGGAGCCAACGGACGCGGCGCCGAGCCCGUGGCGGCAGUGCCGGGUUACCCAGGUGGAGCACGCCAAGACGGUGCUCGCCAUGGUGCCCAUCUUCUGCAGCGCCAUCAUCAUGAGCACCUGCCUCGCGCAGCUCCAGACCUUCUCUAUCCAGCAGGGCGCCACCAUGAACACGCACAUCGGCCAGUUCAAGAUGCCGCCAGCGACGCUGCCCAUCAUCCCGCUCAUCAUCCUCAUCUUCGCGGUGCCGAUCUACGAGCGGGGCUUCGUGCCCCUCGCCCGCCGCAUCACCGGCCACCCCAACGGCAUCCCGCACCUGCAGCGCGUCGGCGUCGGCCUCGUGCUCUCCAUCAUCUCCAUGGCCAUCGCCGCCGUCGUGGAGGUGCGCCGCAAGGAGGUUGCAGCCAGGCACGGCAUGCUGGACGCGAACCCCAUGCUCGGGGAGCAGCUUCCCAUCUCCUGCUUCUGGCUGGCGCCGCAGUUCACAGUGUUCGGCGUCGCCGACAUGUUUACCUUCAUCGGCCUGCUCGAGUUCUUCUACUCGCAGGCGCCGCCGGCGCUCAAGUCCAUGUCCUCCUCAUUCCUGUGGUGCCCCAUGUCGCUCGGGUAUUUCCUCAGCACCAUCAUCGUCAAGGCCGUGAACGUCGCCACCAGGGGCUCCACGGCGAGCGGCGGCUGGCUGGCCGGCAACAACAUCAACCGGAACCACCUCGACCUCUUCUUCUGGCUGCUCGCCGUGCUCAGCUUCCUCAACUUCCUUAACUACCUCUUCUGGGCCAGCUGGUACAGGUACAAGCCCCAGUAGCAGUCAGCCGACGUACCAGAAGAGCAGAACCAAGUAUGAAUGCAUGAUCCAACAUAUUGCAGUUCCUUGACUGCCCCAGGCUGCUUCUUGUUAUAAAAUUGCAAAGUUGUUACUA